UGUCAUUUGUCAACGUCAAGACGUUGCCUGGUGGCCUGGUGCUGUCAUUCUGCUUUCAUUCUUUUUGAAAAAGCUUUUAAAAACACCUCAAAUUGAACUUCAAUAAUGCCCAAAGUACAACAAAAUAAAAACAGAAAAAGGAAAUACGAAAAUGAAACCGAAGAAUUCCAGAUCGACGUGCCUAAAAUGAAAUUCCGCCCGGUGGACGAGGCCCUAGAGGCAGAAGAGGAAAAACUAUCCCAAAUUCUUUUUGGGGGCGCCAAAAACUUCCUGCAUUGCCUGGAGGAGGCAGAACAAGAGGCGGGGGCUUCGCAAGACUCCCAAGAAAGCGGGUCACAGUCGAACACCGACUCUGGAGUAGGAGAGGAUAGCAGUGAUACUGAUGAAGUUGUGAGGAAACCAGCAUGGGUUGAUGAAGAGGAUGAUGGUAUUGAAGUUGGCGAAGCCCUGAAUGCCCAGCAUCGAAAGCUGCCUAAGGGUGGAUUGAAUAGUCGAGGCAACAAGUAUGCUGAUCUGCUUAAGCAUAAGUUCCAAGCUGCACUUGGCACUCCCAGAUGGGCUGACCUGAACAAAAGGCCUAGAACAGACUCUGGCUCAGAUGAUGAAAUUCUACAAACCUGUGGAUUCCUAACAACUACUAGUAGUAGCACAUUACCUUCAAAUCUGUUAGAAUAUAAAAAAGUCAGAGAUCUGAAUCAUGAAACAUUAUGUGAGGGUCCCUUCAUUAAUUCUAUAGAAUUUCAUCCAACAUCCAGUGUUGCAAUGGUUACUGGCAAUGCAGGCAUCAUGAGUUUGUUUGCUGUGGACAGUAAACAGAAUAAAAAACUGCACAGUGCAGCAUUCCAAGGGUUUCCGAUAGUUUGUGCAAAAUUCGCUAAAGGAGGAAAUGAAGCAAUUCUAGGUUCGAGACAUCCACACAUAUACAGCUAUGACCUCCUAGAAGCAAAACCAGUGAGAAUGAAGUUACCACAAGGAAUAACAAAUUGCAAAAAAUUCAUUAUAUCACCAGAUUCUGAGUACAUGGCUGUAGCUGGCAAAUGGGGAGAGGUGCACCUUCUAUCAGCAAUGUCCAAAGAAAGAAUCUGUUUACUGAAGCAAGACAAUGAAGUAACAGCAUUGUCUUUCAACUCGUCAGGCAGUUUAUUAUUUGGACACAGUGACAGUGGUGAAGUGACAAUUUGGGAUAUGCGAUCAAGAAGAGUAAAGCACAAAUUCACAGAUGAGGGCUGCUUACAAGGCACCACAAUUGCCAUAUCUAAGUCCAGUCAGUUCUUAGCAGCAGGAUCAGCACAAGGUGUGGUCAAUCUGUAUGGAAUGGAGGACGUACUGCAUAAUAAGUUGCCUAAACCCAGAAAAACAAUUUUGAAUCUUACCACAGGUAUCACUGAUUUGAAAUUUAACCCCACCUCAGAAAUGCUGGCAUUUAGCUCAGCAGAAAUCCAGAACUCCGCAAAAUUGUUCCACAUUGGGUCCGGUACAGUAUUCAGCAACUUCCCCAACUUCAAUACCAAGAUGGGUCACAUUACAACGUUCAAUUUUUCACCGUCCAGUGGUUAUAUUGCGUUUGGAAAUAGAUCUUCCGAGGUCUCGCUAUAUAGACUCAAACAUUAUAAGAACUACUAGUGAAGAAAACUGCAUUUCUGUGAUUCUCCUUGCUCACUAAACAGUUAUUUAUUGCCUAGAGAAGUCUACUAGUUUGUCUUUAGACUACAGUCGUAUAUUCCCAGUUAUGUAUAUCAUUACUAUUGUAUUGUCCUGACUAAAGUGAUUAUCAACAAAUAAAUAAAGUGAUUUAGAACAAAAUAUUUAUUGACUUUUAACCCAUCCCAAAAAAAAGAUCAACGAUCCCUAUUUCACGAGUAUCCAUUACGCUUUGACAUCUACUGAGGUGAACAGCUGAUAAGCAAGUGACAUUUUUGUGUUAG